CACAUCUAGCUCAGUAAAUAAACAUGAGGAAGAAAAAACACACAUCAAGCGGAUAGAUUAACAGACCAAUCCUGUGAUCGAGGAGAGGAUUUCCUCUCUUUCCAUUGUUGGUCUAAUCGGCAAGGUGUGUGCCAACAGAUUUUAUAAGCACCUGAGAACAGCAGUGACAAGUAGCGACUGAGUUCAAAGACACACAGGUUGUUCUGGUACUUUCCCAAGGAGUUGGCCAGGAGGGACCCGGACCAAUCUGCUCUAGAUGGAGGGGAACAGUAAGAAGGAGCAUCGGGCUUUGCUCAACCCAGGAGAAGAGAAUGAGCUGGAGGUGUUCGGCUACAAUACCCAGACUCUGCGGAGAGCCAUGUGCCUUGUCACGUCUGUGCUGACUGCUGGGGCCCUUCAGCUGGUGUUCUACUGGAGGCCCGAGUGGAGGGUGUGGGCCAACUGCAUCCCAUGCCCUUUGCAAGAAGCAGACACUGUUUUGCUGAGGACAACGGAUGAAUUUCAAAGAUAUAUGAGGAAGAAAGUGCUCUGCCUCUCCUUAUCCACGCUGAAGUUUCCUAUGAGCAAGCACUCAGAAGACCCCUUGGUGGCCGACUGCCACUCUGUCAUUAACCGAGCCGUAGUGAAACCGGAAUUAAAACUGCGAUGCAUCCAAGUGCAGAAAAUCAGGUACGUGUGGGAUCACCUGGAGAAGCGUUUUCAGAAAGUGGGGUUGCUGGAAGAUAGCAACACCUGCUAUGACAUCCAUCAUACGUUUGGCUUGGGUCUGAGCACUGAAGAGCAAGAGGUCAGGAGACUUGUGUGUGGGCCCAAUGCCAUCGAGGUUGAAAUCCAACCCAUAUGGAAACUGCUUGUUAAACAGGUUUUAAAUCCGUUCUAUGUAUUCCAAGCCUUCACCCUAACUCUGUGGCUGUCCCAGGGCUACAUAGAGUACUCUGUGGCCAUCAUCAUUUUGACCAUUAUCUCCAUUGUCUUAAGUGUGUAUGAUUUGCGACAGCAAUCCGUUAAGCUGCACAAGCUUGUGGAAGAUCACAACAAAGUCCAGGUUACCAUCAUGGUAAAGGACAAAGGUUUGCAGGAGCUGGAAUCCCGCCUCUUGGUUCCCGGAGAUAUUCUUAUUCUUCCAGGAAAAUUGUCCCUGCCAUGUGAUGCUGUUCUGAUUGACGGGAGCUGUGUGGUGAACGAAGGCAUGCUCACAGGAGAAAGCAUACCUGUUACGAAGACACCACUGCCGCACGCGGAGAACACCAUGCCCUGGAAGUCCCACAGCUUGGAGGAUUAUCGGAAACACGUGCUUUUCUGCGGUACAGAAGUUAUCCAAGUCAAGCCCUCUGGGCAGGGGCCUGUAAGAGCUGUUGUUUUGCAAACAGGUUACAAUACAGCAAAAGGGGACUUAGUGCGAUCCAUCCUCUACCCCCGGCCUCUGAACUUCAAGCUAUACAGUGAUGCCUUCAAGUUCAUGGUUUUCCUGGCCUGCCUUGGUGUCCUGGGGUUUUUCUAUGCCCUAGGGAUAUACAUGUACCAUGAAGUCUCUCCGAGAGAUACGACAACCAUGGCCCUGCUCCUCCUCACUGUGACCGUCCCUCCUGUGCUGCCAGCAGCUCUGACCAUUGGCAUCGUGUAUGCCCAGAAGAGGCUGAAGAAGAAGAAGAUCUUCUGCAUCUCCCCACAGAGAAUCAACAUGUGUGGGCAGAUCAACCUCGUGUGCUUUGACAAAACAGGCACUUUGACGGAAGAUGGGCUAGAUCUCUGGGGCACGGUUCCUACUGCUGACAACUGUUUCCAGGAAGUCCACAGUUUUGAUUCGGGCAAGGCCGUGCCAUGGGGCCCCCUGUGUGCGGCCAUGGCCAGCUGCCACUCUCUGAUCCUUCUCGAUGGGACCAUCCAGGGGGACCCUCUGGACCUCAAGAUGUUUGAGGGCACUGCCUGGGAAAUAGAAGAUUGCAGUGUAGACUCCAGCAAAUUUGGCCUGUCAGAUUCAAACACAGUCAUAAAACCGGGACCAAAAGCCAGUCAGAGUCCCGUGACAGCCAUUGUCAUCUUGCUCCAGUUUCCAUUUUCCUCGAGUCUGCAGCGGAUGUCUGUGGUCGCUCAGCUGGUCAGGGAGGGCCACUUUCAUGUCUACAUGAAGGGCGCCCCGGAAAUGGUGGUCAGAUUCUGCAGAUCCGAAACAGUGCCCAAGAAUUUCCCAGAGGUGCUGAGGAAUUACACAGUACAAGGAUUCCGUGUGAUUGCCCUAGCCCAGAAAGUCCUGAGGAUGCGGAAGGUUUCAGAAGUGGAGCAUUUAACAAGGGAGAAAGCAGAGUCAGAGUUAACAUUUCUGGGACUUCUCAUCAUGGAGAAUCGCUUGAAAAAGGAAACCAAGCCGGUUUUGAGGGAACUAAGUGCGGCCCACAUCAGGACUGUGAUGAUUACAGGUGACAAUCUUCAAACAGCUAUUACUGUUGCAAAGAAUUCUGAAAUGAUUCCUCUGGGCAGCCAGGUGAUCAUUGUUGAAGCCAAUGAACCGGAAGAGAGUUCUGCUGCUUCUGUGACCUGGCAGCUGGUAGAGAAGCAAGAGACUGGACCAGGGAAGGAUGAAACCUACAUUAAUAUUGGAAACAGCUCAUUACCUGAUGGGGGAAGAGGGAGCUGUUACCAUUUUGCAAUGACUGGGAAAUCGUACCAAGUGAUAUUUCAGCAUUUCAACAGCUUGCUUCCAAAAAUUCUGCUGAAUGGAACCAUUUUUGCAAGAAUGUCUCCGGGGCAGAAAUCAAGUCUAGUUGAAGAAUUUCAGAAAUUAAAUUACUGUGUGGGCAUGUGCGGAGAUGGAGCGAACGACUGCGGGGCUUUGAAAAUGGCUCAUGCAGGCAUCUCGCUGUCAGAGCAGGAAGCAUCGGUCGCAUCCCCCUUCACCUCCAAAGCAGCCAACAUCGAGUGUGUGCCGCAUCUCAUCAGAGAAGGCCGCGCUGCUCUGGUUUCAUCAUUUGGGGUGUUUAAAUACUUGACCAUGUAUGGAAUAAUCCAAUUUGUUGCAACAGCACUGCUCUAUUGGCAACUACAACUCUUUGGGAAUUACCAGUAUCUCAUGCAAGAUAUAGCCAUUACUUUGAUGGUCUGUUUAACAAUGAGUUCAACUGAUGCCUACCCACAGCUGGCUCCCUAUCGACCCGCAGGACAGCUCCUCUCUCCCCCUUUGCUGCUUUCCGUCUUCCUCAAUUCCUGUUUCACCUGCAUCGUGCAGGUGUGCGCCUUUCUCUAUGUGAAGCAGCAGCCUUGGUACUGUGAGGUCUACCUCUACAGCGGGUGCUUUCUGACCAACCAAAGUAAUUUCUCAACCGAUGUGAGUCUGGGAGGAAAAUGGACUGGAAAUGCUACUCUGGUUCCGGGCUCCGUUUUAAGCUUCGAGGGCACUACUCUGUGGCCCAUUGCUACCCUCAACUGUGUCACCAUAGCCUUUAUCUUUUCCAAGGGCAAACCUUUUCGGAAAGCCAUCUAUACAAACUACAUAUACCAAGGGAUGGAGUUUAUCCCGACUAUAAGGUCAUGGAGAGCUUCAAUUUUGGUGGUGGCCCUUGUUCACUUCUGUGUGGCCUUCUUUGUAGAGGAUGGCAUCCUUCAAAACCGACAGCUCUGGCUUGUGAUCAAGAAAGAAUUUGGAUUCUACUCAAAAAGUCCAUAUAGGAAAUGGCAGAAAAAAUUGGCAGAUGAUGCUACCUGGCCUCCCACAAACAAGACGAUUUAUUCAGGUGAAAGCAGGACGAUUUAUUCAGGGGAUGGAUUCUAUGUCAACAAAGGCUAUGAAAGCCCUGAACAGGUCCCCAAGGAAAAACUCAAAUUGGGAGGCCAAGCCACAGAGCAGCAUUUCUGGACGAGACUGUAAUCAGGAUCGUUGUUGCACAUGUUUCCCAGCAUCAUCUUUUUUCCUCCAAAUUAGGGCCUUGUGGAGAGGUGAGGCUAGCGUACUCUUAUCUUUCUCCCUCUGAGCAUCCAAAAACUCAUUUCUUGGUGUAGUGAAUCUUGCAGCAAAGGACGUUGAAUUUAUCUAUUUUGACUCUUUUACUAUCAAAAGAAAAUGUGCAUCUCUUGGAUCAUCAUUUUUAAUAAACCUUGUAUUGUGUAAAAUGCAUAGCUCCUAAGGUGAUAAAAUUAGAAAUGUGAACAUCAUAGAAGAAA